AUGCUUUUCACAGCAGUGAGCCUUCUCACCUUAUCCGCCAUGGCUUCUGCCCACAACAAGCACCAAACCCCAAUUUCAGGUCCACACCAGAAACUGUGGUAUAACACUAUCCCCGGAGAUGGUGGCACUCAGGCCGACUCUGUCUUCUCAGGCAUCUCGACCUUCGGUCGAUUGCCCUACUUCCCAUGUCUCUCCAGCGACGAUGAGAAAUACGACAUUGCCUUCAUAGGAGCCCCCUUUGACACGGGCACCUCCUACAGACCCGGAGCCCGAUUCGGCCCCAGCGGCAUCAGACAAGGCUCCCGCCGUCUCAACCUCUACGGCGGCUACAACGUCCCCCUCCAAGCCAACCCCUUCGUCAGCGAUCUCAAAAUCCUCGACUGCGGCGACAUCCCCGUAACCUCGUACGACAAUGCCUGGGCCAUCCAGCAAAUCGAAGAAGGCCACAACAGCAUCCUCAUGCGCAAGCCCUUCACCGACGCAAACGAACACGGCCUCUCCCGAGCAGGCAAGACCCUCCCCCGCGUCAUCACCCUCGGCGGCGACCACACCAUCACCCUCCCCUUGCUCCGGAGUAUCAAUAAGGCCUAUGGCCCCGUCAGCGUUAUCCACUUCGAUAGUCACCUUGAUUCAUGGAAACCAAAAGUCUUCGGCGGCUCCCCAAGCCAAGUCGCUGCCAUCAACCACGGAACGUACUUCUAUCAUGCGGCGAUGGAAGGCCUGCUCAGGAACGACACGAACAUCCACGCCGGUAUUAGGACGACGCUUUCGGGCCCCUCGGAUUACGAGAAUGAUGGGUAUUGUGGGUUUGAGAUCGUUGAGGCGAGGGAUAUAGAUACUAUUGGAACGGAUGGGAUCAUCAAGCGGAUUCGCGAACGAGUCGGGACCGAGAACCCGGUCUAUCUAUCCAUUGAUAUUGAUACACUUGACCCAGCUUUCGCGCCUGCAACCGGCACGCCUGAAACGGGCGGGUGGUCGACUCGUGAACUGCGCACGAUUAUCCGGGGCUUGGAUGGGCUGAAUCUUAUCGGGGCGGAUAUUGUGGAGGUUGCGCCGGCUUAUGAUACUAAUGCGGAGUUGUCGACUAUGGCGGCUGCGGAUGUGCUUUAUGAGAUUCUUACGAUGAUGGUUAAGAAGGGGCCUUUGACUGUUGGGGGGUCGGAUGAAUUGUAGGAUUUUUGAUUUUUUGUGUUUGUUGGUGCAUAGGGAAGUUGGGUGUGGGGGGCUUAUGUGUGCUAUGGUGAAAUAUGCUACAAAAGCUGGAGAUAACAGUCAUUUAUAUUAAAAUGAAAUGCAUCAAUACUAAGAACUGAGAGCCGGAUAUCUCGAAUCAGACCGCAACGCCCCUUCCAUGCCACGCCAUGCAUCUAAGAGAAGAACGACAAAGAUAUCAAAGUGAAACAAGGAACCUGGCUUGCCGUCACACCUUGAAGCCAAACUGCAGGAAAAAGACGAAACAAAAUGUAAAACGGAAGGGAAAAAGAAAUAUGCAACAAGUAGUUGGCUUCACAGUGCCAGAACACCACACUUAUUCCGGGGUUUCGCCUAGCACCUUUUCCAAAAACAUAAAAACAGGAAGAACACAAAUUUAUCUGCGGUGUAGGUUAUAACCUACAUGUGACCAUAUAAUUUCAACCGAUAGAGGCACGUAUCGUUUGCUCCCCAGUUCGACUUGACCCGGAAAACCA